AGAUUAUCAUGACCUGUUUCAUGCAUCAAGUACGACGUCGAGACCUUGAAGGCUUGAACUUCUCAGCUCUAGAGCGGGAUAUGAACUGAAAUACCGCAAACUCAAAGCAUGAUUUGUUGACUCGUUCUACAAUGGGUGCAAGAUCCUGACUUUUCAGAGGACUUCCUGCAGCUCGAACCGCUCUCAGCUCGAGGCAAUAUCUCAGCUGGAAGUCCUGCGUGCGAGUAAGCAAGAGCACCAUUGUGUAUAAAGAGCUUGGGGUAACCACCAAAGACACCGCACAUUCUCUUCAACUCCUCACUUCUCAUCCCAGGAUUUCGAAAGCUUCAACUUCAAGAACUUCAAGAACUUCAACUGCAUCAUGUCUCCUCAUGGCUGUAACCAACCGCACAUUCACACCAAUGUCAUUGCUCUGGAUCCCUCCAAAUGGGGAAAAAAGAUUCCAUUGAUCGACUUGAAUACAGACCUCAAGGGAAAUACCCUCGCCCCAGGAUUUGGGAUCAACCACUGGAAAGAUUUCUGCGCACGCACUGUUGCACUGCUUUCCAAGGGCAUCGAUGCCAAGAGUGGCUGGGUUGUUGAAAAUCCACAAAGCGAUUCGCAUGCACUAGCCUGUUCCCAAAGGUUUUACGCGGCGACUUAUAACUAUAUCAAUGCGAUCAAUGAUAUCCCGAACAACGCACCGGUACCAUCAAAGCCAUUGAUGACCGGCCCGGAUGAUGAGGGAGUGGCGAGUGUGCUGGUGGAUGAGCCUGAGCCGGAGCAGGUCGAUGCGGUGGCCAUAUAUAAGGCUAUGCUUAUGAUGGAUCAUAUCGCGGCACCAGAAGAGCCGGCAUUGGAUACUAACUAGUUGGAAGAACGCUGUCGCUGACGUCAAGGAUUACAUCGACGAAGGGGACAUCGACGUGGAGGACAUCGAUGAG